AUGCCUCUCAGGAGACCAGCAGCUAAGCCGAGACCAAUCCCCAAAGCAAAAGAAAAAACAAAAGCAAAGCCGAAACCCAGACCCAGAAGCCAGGCAAAACCUGCCCCACACACAGAAGAAUGGAUUGCAGUAGAGAACCUCAAAGAAGACACUUUCAGCCUCUCUUCAACCCUACACCUGGAAGUAUGGUACGGGGGAGAGACCGGAGAGGCAGCAGCCAUCCUGGAACAGUUAGUCUGCGACCAAGAAGGGAAGUGGCUAGCGGUGCGAAUCUUGGGCAGCAACCUUGCCCCCCUUCGAGACUGGAGAAAAGCCAGCCCGAGCGCUCUGUUUUGCUGCUGUUGCGAAGCAAUUCCUGCCAACAAAAGGCUGAGUAUUCCAGGAGUAGGCUACACCCUGAAAGCAAAACUUCUGAGCCAAGAAACAGAGUGGACGUCAAAUGCCGUGGGCGACCACCAUCCUCCCCCACCAGGCGAAACAGAGAACUUGAAAAAGGUCGCCGAACAGUUUGGCUUUCCCCAAGGAGGCGGAGCAGAUCCCCCUCCUUUAGAAACAGCUCCGAAGCAGGAUGUGCCCGCAACUUCUUCCAGCAAGAAAAAGAAAGGAAAAAGGAAAGUCAAAGACAUGUUGGAAAAAGCUCGAUGGAGAGUGCAGGGCACGCCUUUGGACCCCCAUUACAAGAGGCCUAUCAGGUUGAGCACCAAAAAGAAGAAGAAGAAGAACUCUUCCAGCGAAUCGACCAGCAGGUCAGCAAGCCUUUCCAGCGAGACAAGCGAACCCCUAGAGUCCGAGCAUCGCUUGCGAAAAAUUGCCCAGAAACUCCCAGGGUAUCUAGCGUGCAAAGCGUCCAAGGAGGCAGCCAACAUCCUCUCCCAGAGCACUGGGGAAGGGGAAUGGGGAGUAGUCCUCGAUCAUUUGCUGGACGGCCAGAUUCUCACAGUAGCAGACAUAGCUGCUCAAAGGCCGAAAUCUUUGGAGUUGCUGGCCGGCGGCAGCCCCGUCGAGCUUUCCAGCCAAUUAGAAAUUCUUCCCAAGGAGCUGUCCAACUUGGCGGGCCAAGAGGAGUCAAGAUUUGUCCGAAGGGAAUUUCAGAACGAGACCAAAUUGAACCGCCAGUUAAAAGGAGAGGCUAUCGGUUUCUCCUCUGCAGCCGAAUUUCGGUUGUCGCGCGCGUCGGCCCGGGGUGGGGCGGAGCGCGAUGUCGGUUUUUCCGCGUCGGGUACAAGGUGGGAGAACAUUUCUGAAAGCCUUCCCCGGGAAGGAGUAGCCGGAAUUUUGAAUGCCUCUGAAGUUUGCGAGGACGGAAUCAAAGAGUUCCUCUUGCAUCCUGAUUGGAAGGAAUACUUGCGGUUAAAGGUGCCCCGAAAUGAGAAAAAGGCAGUUGAUAGGCAAGCGCAGGCGGAAGUGCAAGGAGCAUGGAUCGAUGGCAAUGCAGGUUUUUGUUGUGCAAAGGUUGGCAAAGUCAGUAAAUACUUGUGGGCCCUCCUAGACCUCCUAACAAAGAAGGAGGUCAGCCAAAAGCAGAUGCAAAUGUUGACGGGUGGUUUAGUGUACCUGUUUGGGUUUCAAAGGCCUUUGAUGUCAAUUCUAAACCAUGUCUGGGAGUUCAUCGUGAGUUUUGAAAAUGACAAGGUUGUAAAACCGAUGCCGAGAAAAGUUAUGGAAGAGUUGUUGGCUUCAUUCUUUUUGUCCGCCACGGCUUUUAUGGAUUUUCGACUUUCUUCAAAUCACAUUGCUACAUGCUCUGAUGCAAGCGAGACUGGUGGAGGAUUGUGCCAGUCUGUGGGGCUGACCCCAUUUGGUUCUCAGGCAGCAGAGUCGCUGGUGCGAGGUGAGUUUCCAGAAGUCCAGGGGAGUUUUGGGGAUCAGCGUUGGUGGGGGUGUAGGAUCCUUAAGGGUUGCACUAGAUAG